UAUCUUCCCCAUCCCAUCGGCUUCCCAAACCACCACCAACCAACCAGCGCACCAACAACAACCCCGAAGUGGACAUGCUGCACAGCUCAAACUUAUUACCAGUAACGCAAGCACUACGGUACCCCUGAGCAUUCUGGUUGCCGGACAAGCGAAAGUGAGGCAUCCAUUGUUACAAAACCAAGCAUUUUCGACUGCAACCGCACCCCGCUGACUAACAGUUACUAGAGCAACUAACCAUUUCUGACCCAUUAUCUCGUAAUAAAGAACCUCCCCAGAUACCUCGAGUGCCUUGGAUUUGCGGAUACCCCACCGCCUUUUGCACUGUUUUGUCAUUAUCCUGCCAUAUACCCCCGCAUCAAGUCUCCUUCCUUCCAGCGCCAACCUCCCUUCCCUCCAGCUUAAAAGACGCAUACAUCAUCAUGGAUAUGGCCCAGCAAAUCAACCGGCAAAGCAGCAGUGGCAUGAGCGAGACAUCCUCUGUCUAUGCUCAGCGUCAGCGGCAAGCGUUGGACGAAUUGAGCCUGAGCGAGUCUUCCAAUAGAUCGAGCGGUUCCGUCGCCUCCUUCAAUUCGGGGUAUUCCGAAACGACACGCGGCACCGACCAUGUCAGUGAAGGGAACCGUUCGCAAGCCGAAGAUGCCAUUGUCGAUUCUCUCUCCAGUGUCGUGUCGCGAUGGCGGACCUGUGUCGUCCUCAUGCUCUUGAUUACGGCGACCUUGGUCGUAUCGACGACCUACGUCUUCUUAUCCAACAGUGAAGACGCACAGUUUCGAAAAUCGUUUGAAAAGAGCGCCGAGUCUAUCAAGGAUUCCGUAGAAUUCCAUGCCACCAACGCGGUGCAGACGUUUGAAAACCUAGCAGAUGGCAUUACCUCCGAGGCAUUGACAGCCAAUGCUACCUGGCCGUUCUUCACGUCGGAUAAUUUUGAAGUCAAGGCGGCUCAUGCCCGUCUCAAUGCCUUUGCCGAAUGCGUCUUCUUCAUGCCACUCGUAUUGGGCAAACAACGAAAGCAAUGGGAAGACUAUUCCAUUCGCAACGCCAACCGUUGGAUUCAACAAAGUGACACACUAGGAGUCGAAACCGACCAAUGGCUCUUGGAAUCGGGGUUUUAUGAGUCACACGAAGGCCAUGGCAGGAACUUACAGCAGCAGCAAGCCAGUGCAGGGGCAGCCGUACCCUCCCGAACCACAACUCCUCCCACAACGAUGACAAAUCCUCCCACAACCACAACAGCUCCACCCACCACAACCACAAUGCCCCCUCAGAAUGAUGCCAAUAUUGCCGAAGAAAUCUUUCUCAAAGGAGAGGAUUUGCCCGGUGGUAUGGAAGGCGAUACCACCACCGUUUCCGAAGGGUUUCGGGCUUACUAUGCUCCCGUAUGGCAGGUCUCUCCACCUCCCGUGGAACCAACAUUGGUCAACUACAAUAUUCUAGCGGAUGCCAAUUCCGGAGGCACCUUUAAUGCCAUUCAAGUCUCGGGAAACAAGGCAAUUGUAUCCGACUUGCUCAAGACAUCCAGCAUUGACUUUUUCUACAGCGGUCUCAUGUCUCUCGAUGAUCAUUGGGGAUAUCAUUCCAACUCUGAUGCCUCCAACCAUCAGGAAAUGUAUCAGUCCCACACGGAUGACGCUACCGGUACUACUAGCAUGCAUGAAUCGCCCGGCGCCUUUCCUCACAGCUCCACCAUUGCCCCCGUUCGAGCCAGUUUUGAACCCAAUGCACCCACUGUGGGAUUCGUUCUAGGCAUUGCUCCCUGGGAUUUGUAUCUGAGUCGACUCUUGCCCGAAGGUACCAAUGGUGUUUACGCCGUAUUGUCCAAUUCCUGUGCCCAAGAGGUCACCUACAAAAUCAAUGGACCCACCGCUGUCUAUUUGGGAAAAGGCGACUUGCACGAAGAAAAAUACAACAACUUAAAACAAUCACUCUCCUUUACUGGAUUCGGAUUGUCCACCGAAGCCUCGCGACGGGCCGGACAGUGCGAUUACUCCCUCUCACUCUACGCGUCGGACGAAUAUCGCAGCGACUAUGAUGAUUCCAAACCCGCCAUCUUUACGGCCGUGUUGGCGUCGGUCUUUGUCGCGACGGGAAUUGUCUUUUUCAUCUUUGCCGCCUACGUGCAACAACGACAACACAAAAUCAUGACGACCGCGUUGCGGACCAAUGCCAUUGUCGCAUCGCUGUUCCCUGCCAAUGUGCGUGCGCGCAUUCUGAAAGAUGCCGAAGAUCAGAUUCAGGACGACAAAAACAACAAUGCAAACGGCGGCAACUUCAACAACAACAACACGCAGGGCAAGCGAAACGAACACCGCUCCGAUUCUCAGAAUUUGAAGAGCUAUCUGCACGAAGAACAGGAAGGAAGGAGAAGUGUUCUAGAGUCUGUGGACGAUUCCGAUGGAGAUGUCAUUGAUACCAAUAUCUUUGGAUCCAAGCCAAUUGCAGAUCUCUUCCCAGAGACAACGUUGAUGUUUGCCGACUUGGUCGGCUUCACGGCCUGGAGUUCAAUGAGAGAACCAUCUCAGGUGUUUACCUUGCUGGAAACGGUAUAUCAUAGCUUCGACCAGAUAGCAAAUAAACGUAGGGUCUUCAAAGUCGAGACGGUGGGAGAUUGUUACGUGGCCGUAACCGGAGUGCCGGAACCAAGAAAGGACCAUGCUGUCGUCAUGUGUAGAUUUGCGAAAGAUUGCUUAGAUAAGCUGCGUCCUUUGCUGAAGAAGCUGGAGUUGGUGUUGGGACCCGACACUGGGGACCUUUCAAUGAGAUUUGGGUUGCACUCGGGGCCCGUGACUGCCGGGGUACUUCGGGGUGAGAGGGCACGUUUCCAGCUUUUCGGUGACACCAUGAAUACCUGUUCCAGAAUCGAAACAACUGGUAGGACUGGGCAUAUCCACAUUUCUCAGCAAACUGCAGAUCUUUUGAAGGCAGCAGGAAAAGGCGGUUGGUAUGUGCCACGAAAGGACAAGGUCAUGGCAAAAGGUAAAGGAGAGCUGCAGACGUACUGGUUGACUUUCAGGCAAACGGACGUUGUGUCGUCAGGUUCUGGAGGUUCGCAAAGUCAGGCAAGUAUUGCCAGCGAGGAAAUGACACAAAACGAGGAACAGCCCGAAGAACAGGCGCGAAGUGGGGAUUUACUCCAUCCCAUUGGCUUGGAAGGAACAAUGAACAGAGACGUCAAAAUCACGAAAAAGGCGCAGAGACUGGUGGACUGGAACGUGGAUAUCUUGUCUCGAUUGCUACAACAAAUUGUCGCUAGGCGCGAGUCUGAGGGUGGCAGGACGCUUCGAGGCGCGGAGCUGGGGCCAAUUGAACAGGGUAUGGGAAAGGGCGGCGAGCAUGACGUUGUACUGGAUGAGGUAAAGGAAAUUAUCCAGCUUCCCAAAUACGACAAUGCCGCUGCACGUAGCCGCGAACAAGUCGAUCCCAAAAACAUCAGGUUGCCCAAGGAGGUCACCGACCAGCUGCGAACCUAUGUGUCGACGAUAGCCUCUCUCUACCGCGACACGGUUCCAUUUCACAACUUUGAGCAUGCCAGUCAUGUAACCAUGAGUGUUGUGAAAUUGCUCUCGAGAAUCGUAGCCCCAAAGGCCGUCUCUUCUGACGGCGAAGGAGACUUUAACAAAGAGCUUCACGAUCAUACUUACGGCAUUGCAUCUGAUCCACUGACGCAGUUUGCGGUGGUUAUGUCGGCCUUGAUGCAUGAUGUGGAUCAUGUCGGCGUUCCCAACAUUCAGCUCGUGAAGGAGAAAGCGGCCAUCUGUGCAAAGUACAGGAACCAGAGUGUGGCGGAGCAGAACUCUGUGGAUAUGUCAUGGCACCUGUUGAUGGACCCUGAUUUCCAGGAUCUACGUGCCACGAUCUACAGCAGCCAGGAAGAGUUGACUAGGUUCCGGCAGCUUGUCGUCAACACGGUCUUGGCCACGGACAUCGUUGAUAAAGAGUUGAAGGAGCUCCGAAAUGCACGAUGGGAUCGUGCAUUCCAUCAUCCAAAGCGACAGUGGUCUUCCUCCUCUCUGGUUUCUGCUGACCCUGAGCAGCCCGAGCAAGUGCCAAUAAACAGAAAGAAGCAGCGCAACAGCAGUGUGUACAACGAUGAUAGUACCAACCGAAAGGCCACCAUUGUGAUCGAGCACAUUAUCCAAGCCAGUGAUAUUGCACACACCAUGCAACAUUGGCACAUCUAUCGCAAGUGGAAUGAGCGAUUCUUUCAAGAGAAUAUGUUGGCCUAUCAAUUAGGUCGCGCGGCAAAGGACCCCUCCGAAUACUGGUACAAGGGUGAGAUUGGUUUCUUUGAUUUUUAUAUCAUUCCCUUGGCCAAAAAGUUGGAAGAGUGUGGUGUGUUUGGAGUCUCGAGUCAUGAAUACCGACAAUAUGCCUUGGCCAAUAGGGAAGAGUGGGUAUCCAAAGGGGAGCAGCUUGUGGAGGAAAUGAAGGCCAAAUACUCUGGUGAGGCAGAGCCAACGGCGAGAAGGUCAUCAUUGUUGGGAGGGUUAGGAGCGCAAGGGCAGUCCCAGAGACGAAACACCCGUCGAGAGAGCUUUCACGAUGAAGAGAAGUAAGAGCAGCAACCCAGCAAUGCAGGGAACUUAGCCGUUUGCUGUACUACAUGUAGCUAGCAACAAAAGUGCAUCAUUAGUUUAGCAGGGUACAUGUAGUUGAGUUUUAGAG